ACAAUCGCGUUUCCCUCUUCUCCCUCUGCUGUAACCUCAACCCUCGAGCUUUGGCUAAAGCUACUAUACAACUUUCGUUUCAACACCGUAUAAUCCCCCCUUCGUGACCCAUCUCGAUGUCCCUCCCUCCCUCCCUCGAUACACUACCUUGCUUUAAAAUUCCCCUCACCCUUGCACCCCUUCGCCGACCCACGACGACUUACAAGCUGUAACCGAACGUCGCUUCCCACUUUGUGGCGAGAGUUCAUUCAUGCUAGCCAGUGGUUCUUCGAUUGAUAAACUCUCGCGAUUAGAAGAGCAACUGGUGGAUCGAGUCGUUCGUCUCUUACUCCGGAGAACGUAGAUCGAAAUCGGUAAAGCCUUACCGAUCUACACGAGUACUAGUUUCGAAAUUAGUAUAAACGAUUUGGUUAAACUGGAGGAUAAGUCUACGAUACGCUCGAUUUCACUUUGAUCUGAUUCGAUCCGAUCCGAUCCCAUCCGAUCCCGUUCUAUUCGUUUUUACAAACAGAGGAGGAGAGGAAGAGUAACCACGCGUAUAGAUGUACGAACGGCGAGAGGCAGAGAAGGAGAGAAAGACAGAGAAGCGGUGGGAGUGAAUGGAUUACGGCCUUAGUCAAUGAAACAGCGGUUCUCAAACGGAAUUUUCUACAUUCCCUGAUACGUUCGUUGAUUCAUUGAUCGCUAUGGAUGCGCUGAAACCUGCAUCUCAUCGUCAUCUAUCGCGUUUAAUUAGACUUCCAGAUAAACGUUGAUUCACGAGUUUCGCCAAUUUCUUUGCGAGAUUAAUUCGAUAAGAAAUAGAAAAGCGAAAAGGAAAGCUGCUUCGCGUGGUAGCGAACCCGAUAAGAGGUCAAAGUAGACAGAAAUAAUUUGAGCAUCGAACACCCACGCGAAUUCGAAAGGUUGAAAAGGUUGCGAACGAUGUCUUUGGAAUACGAACACGGUCGAGUCGAUCCCAAGAAUCGUGCAAACUGCGCUAAACGCCCACGCGCUUUACGUGUACGAAGUACGAGCACCAAAGUACGUAGGAUGUACGUAGAAUGUAGAUUAUGCGUUUCGUGUCGCUUGUCUCGCGGAAUAUUUCCACACGCGAGCAACUAUUUUCAUUUUAUUUUCUCACCGCGUUUUCACAACGUUCGAAGGAAUCGAAUGGGUUAACGCAACACGUGCAUUGUCGGGACGCAACUUAAAUAGAGAUUUGCAAAAAUCGCAAUCUUUCGCUUUGGAUUAUCAUCGGAAUAUGUUUGCUCGAAUGGAGCUAAUUUUUAUCGUGAAAGUCUCGUAAUCGAUGUUCUUACAAAGGUGAACGCCUGUAUGAGUGUACACGAAGAGAGAGAAACAGCGCAUACCAGUAACUACAUAAUUGAAUUGCAAGCUUGCCGAUCGACUUCGGCAUUCCAAUUAAAUGCAAGUUGAAGGCAAGUUGCAUACGAAACGGUCAUUGUUUUUCCUCUCUUAUUCCACGGACAAAUGGUAAUCGAUGUUAACGAAGGUAAAAAAAAAGAUCCACGUUACAGGGAAAGAAGAGACGAUACGAGGAUCUCGCUGGCAAGGGAACGAUAAUACAAGUAUCGAAUAGCAGAAGGCAAGGCUCAAACGAGAGAGGAGGAACAGGUGUGCCGCGAGAAUAGAAACAACAAAAUUGUUCAAAGAAAUAACAGGGCUCGUUAGAGCGAGAUCAGAGUGGUGGUAGACGAAAGAGGAGAAUAGAGAACGGAAGAAACGAAAAAUAAUCAAACGAAAAGAAAAACGAAAUGGGACAAAAGGGUGAAAAAGGAAGAAGGAAUACAGGUAACCAAGGGAGGAAAGAGAUAGAAGGUAGGAAACACAGAAGGACAAGGUGGAGCAAGAAGAAUCCGCGUAACGAGUACGUCUCAGGUACAGCGGUUGCAUCUUGAAGAGAAAGGUAUAAAGUAUAAAGUAUAAGGAAAGAACGAAGGCAAUGGAGUGGAAUGGUGAAACAGGAAUGUACUAGGAAUGGAAUAUAAAGAGAACAAAAUGGAAUGGAUUGGAAUGGAGUAGAGUGAAGUGGAGUGGAGUGGAGUGGAGUGGAUUGGAGUGGAGUGGAGUGAAGUGGAGAGGAGUGAAGUGUAGUAGAGUAGAGUGGAACGGAGAAAGAAGAGCAGAGAAGGGAGUACUCAUUCAUGCUUUGCCUCCAACUGUUAGAAGUUCAGUCGAACGAAUGGUUGAGGUUCGCGCACAGCACGAAUGCUGCGAGCCGUUUAAAUCUCGGACCGGCUCGAAUCAUGUCGCAAAACAGAGAACGUAACACGUAUAUAACCCGUUCGUCGUAGAUGAUAGAAGGUAGAGAACGCAAGGACAUUGGAAACAGUGUGGGAUACAUAUAUCAUGUGUAGCGAUCAACGAGAAGGAAACAUUGAACGAUUUUGUUAGCUCUCGGUGGAACGUGUAUAUCUUUUUCACAAGAUAAAUAGACUGUGAAUCUUUCAAAGUGAAUUAACCUUUGAUCGAUAGAUCUUCAUUGAUCUUCGAACUUGACCGAAUAAAUUAUUGGCAGAUUUGAUCUAUGUGAAAAUAGAAACGCAAACUAUACGACUACUAUCUUUCGUAUUCGCUCUUCAAUCUCGUUACGAUGAGAUUACGAUCGAUCGUUACACACGUGAUAACCGAUCGAUGGGUGUUGUAAAAUAUUCUUAACGAUUCGCAAUAAUUUAACAGAGGAAUGCGUGCUGGCGCUAUUAUUUCUGAUGAACGUUUUCCAUUUUAUUCAACGACUGUCGUUCUUAAUCUUUCCUGUAGUUUGAAUGUUUGUGAUCGGUGAUCGCGACGAUCACCGAUCGUGAAAACGGGAGAACGCUUUUUCAUCGUACGUAACGUUUGAAAAGAAAAGAAAAAAAAAAAAAGAAAAGGGUGCGCGGGAAAGGAUGGCCGAGUUGACGUGCUUGUUAUUAGCGAUGUUCGGGCAGCUGCUCGUUCGUGGAAGCAAGGGUAGUUUUCUCGGUAUAGAACUGGACAAGACUGGACAGAAGUUUCUCAACGAAUAUCUGUCUCUCGAGGAAGGCAAGUACCUCGGCGAGUUGCAGCCGUUUCAAGACACAGCGAUCGAGCUCGAUCUGAUCGAUCAGAAGAGGAAGCAUCGACCGAUGCAUCAACCACCGAGGGUUCUCUAUCAAAUUGGGGAUAGCGAGGAGGAGCUGCCCGAGUGCUCGGAUCGAAGCGAGGUUUGCAGCAAGGUGGAUUUAUAUGGGUCACCAUGGGUCGAGAGACAAUGUCGUUGCCCGGCUGGCCGAAGCUGUCCUAGUAGUCUACACGGAGACGAUGGGCACACUAUAGUCGACAAGACGCGACAGUACAAGCUUUGCGAGCCGGUGAAACGUCUUCCUAUCUGUCGCUACUUCAAGGACGUGACAUGGACCUUAGCUCCUGGAGGGGGCCCGGCUAACGCAACGGUUCAACGAGUUUAUUGCCGAUGUCGACCGGGCAGCGUACCUUAUCUAGUUCGAAGACAAGCCUAUAGAUCUUCCGAGGGAAAUCCAGGAUUUCUCUACGCAUUCGCUUGCUCUCCGCAAAGCAGGCUACGCUGCCAGCACAAGGAACCCUGCCGUCUGUUUACCGUACGAAAGAGAAGAACCUCGCAACUCGAAGAGGUGAACGCUUCUCCUCUAUGUCAAUGCCCAAAGGGUCACCGAUGUCCUAGGCGACACACCGAUCCAGGAUCCCUUCCGGCAAGAUCGUAUUCCGGCGUUUUGGAGAUUAAGACUUACAGCGGAUACUGCGUACCUUCGCAGCCCCACCAUUCCGAAGCGGUUUACACCGUCUGAUAUCGAAACGACGCCUCCUAUAUUGCAUCUGUACAUACGUAGAGCUGCUGGCACACCCGUUCGUUUCAUUUUCAAAUAAAACGAGCCGAGUUAAGCUAGUCGCCCGAUAUUCGCGACAUUAUCGUCGAAUGGAACUUACGAUCGCGAAACCGACGAUUCCUACCGCGUCCACUGCCAAUUAAUUGAUAAACGCUCUUCUUUUUCAUCCUUCUCCUAUUUUAUUAUAACGAAACGUAGAUAUUAAGCGCUCUUUUAGUAUUUUAUUCGAGCUAACCUAAAUGUUUUAUCCGAUCAAGUAUUGCGGAAAUUGGAAUGUUGCCGACGGACCUCGCUAGGAAAUAUACUUGUUAUUUAUAAUGUCGCGUAACGCUUGUAUAUUUAAACGCGUUACUUAUAAAGCCUCUAUCUAUUACCGUCACUGUCAACCAAGUUGCCCGUGACUCUUAUUCGGCAUUAUAUUAUAUAUUAUACUAUUGUACGCGCGUAACAUCGUGUUUGUAAAUAUUCGAUUCUCUAAGAUAAUGAAUUAAACAAAUUUAUAUAUGUGCAUGGCA